CUUUCACUUCAACCCUAGGUUUUGAUCAAAAACAUGGUCUACGGUACAUCAGACGCAGAACCACAGACAGAAAUCGUUGUGUCACAGCUAGCACAAGAACUGUACAACAGUAAUCUACUUUUACUACUAAUACAGAAUUUAAGUCGCAUCGAUUUCGAAGGCAAGAAAGAUGUGGCACAGGUUUUCAACAACGUGCUACGGAGACAGAUCGGGACCCGAACACCGACAGUCGAAUACAUCUGCACAAAGCCCGAAAUUCUGUUCACACUAAUGGCAGGCUACGAGCAUCAGGAAAUCGCCCUCAACUGUGGUACCAUGUUGCGGGAAUGUGCCCGAUACGAGGCCCUCGCCAAGAUAAUGCUCCACUCGGAUGAGUUUUUCAACUUCUUCCGCUACGUCGAGGUGUCCACCUUCGACAUCGCCUCGGAUGCCUUUUCGACCUUCAAGGAGCUGCUCACCCGCCACAAGAUCCUGUGCGCCGAGUUCCUGGAGCAGAACUACGACGAAGUGUUUAACCACUACCAGCAGCUGCUGAACUCGGAGAACUACGUCACCCGGAGGCAGAGCUUGAAGCUGCUCGGUGAGCUGCUGCUCGAUAGACACAAUUUCACGGUUAUGACGAAGUACAUUUCCAAUCCAGACAAUUUGAAGCUAAUGAUGAACAUGCUGAAAGAAAAAUCACGAAAUAUUCAAUUUGAAGCGUUCCAUGUAUUCAAGGUGUUUGUAGCGAACCCGAACAAACCGAAACCAAUCCUCGACAUACUGCUGCGAAACCAGGAGAAGUUGGUUGACUUCUUAACGAAAUUCCACACGGACCGAUCCGAAGACGAACAGUUCAACGACGAAAAGGCGUAUCUGAUCAAGCAGAUAAAGGAACUUAAACCGGCACCCGAUCAAUAGUAAUAGGUACGCAAUCCCAUAACCACACCCAACCAAUCAACGUACAGUAGUAGUAGUAGUAGCAGUAAUAAAAAUAACGCGAACUCGAGUGCUAUCCUCGAACCUAGACCUCGAUUCAGUGGCGCCCGAUCGCAAAACCCCCCCUACACCAGCAACAUCUCCUUAGCUUUGGUUUUUUUGCGCAAACCGAUCCAAUUGCAUUGAAACCCGCGCCGAGUCCGCAUUCCCAAUUUAUCCCGGCACCAAAACUACCCCUCUAUAAGCACUAGUAUUUUGUAACAAAGGUUAAAAAAAAAACAUAAUAACAAAGCAUUACUAUUAAAACAAUUAACUAUUGAUAGAAGUUAUUGAUGCAAACAACAAAUGAGGAAACAAAUUAAAACUAACGCAUAUUCAAGAUAAUAAAUAAUGCAAAACAAACUAAAAAAACACAGUACGUCGAAAGAAGUUAAAUGAUAGUUUGUAGGUAACAGAAAAAU